UAAACGAGGCUUGAACGCAGCAUGACGAGUUUUGUGCGACGUAUGACGAACAACUCCAGCGACGCACGUGUUUGAACGGAGGGAUGGACGCCGAGAGGCUGCAGUUUCAUGAAAUGGGCUUAGAUGACCGCCUUUUAAAGGCGGUUGCAGACUUGGGCUGGGCUCAACCAACCCUCAUCCAAGAAAAAGCCAUCCCUCUGGCACUGGAGGGAAAAGAUCUCCUGGCUCGAGCCCGAACAGGAUCUGGGAAAACAGCCGCCUACGCUGUGCCUGUCAUACAGCGCAUCCUGGUUUCCAAGCAGAGUGUUCGUGAGCAGGACGUGAGAGCGCUGAUCCUGGUGCCCACCAAGGAGCUGGGUCAGCAGGUCCAGGCCAUGAUGCGCCAGCUGACAGCCUACUGCUCCAGGGACGUCAGAGUGGCCGAUAUCUCUGGCAAGGCCGACCUGUCAGCACAGAGGCCUAUCUUAAUGGAGAAGCCUGAUGUGGUUGUGGGGACCCCGUCUCGUGUGCUGGCCCACCUGAACGCCCAGAACUUGACCCUGCACUCAUCACUGGAGACCCUGGUUGUGGACGAGGCUGACCUGCUGUUCUCAUUUGGCUUUGAGGCAGACCUGAAAAGCUUGUUGUGCCAUUUGCCAAAGAUCUACCAGUCAUUCCUGAUGUCGGCUACUCUCACUGAAGACGUUCAAGCCCUGAAGGAGUUGCUGCUACACAAUCCUGUGAUCCUGAAGCUUCAGGGCUCCCAGCUGCCAGACAGCGCUCAGCUGCAGCAGUACAGUCUCAAAUGUGAGGAGGAGGACAAGUUCCUGCUCAUCUACACGCUGCUGAAGCUCAGGCUCGUCCAGGGCAAGACCCUGGUGUUCGUGGGAACAGUGGACAGAUGCUACAGACUCAAACUCUUCCUCGAGCAGUUUGCCAUUCCUGCCUGUGUGCUCAACUCUGAGCUGCCCGUCCACUCCAGGUGCCACAUCAUCACCCAGUUUAACCAGGGGUUUUAUGACUACAUCAUCGCCACCGAUGAACUGAGUUUGGCCGAUCCCACUGCUACAUCACAGACAACUGCAGGGAAGGGAAAAAAGAAGACCGCAGCGAAGGGGGGGAGGGCCAAGGACAAGGAGUAUGGAGUCUCCCGGGGUGUCGACUUCCAAAAUGUUGCCAACGUCAUCAAUUUUGACUUUCCUGCAACCGUUGAGUCCUACAUCCAUCGAGUUGGACGAACGGCGAGAGCAGACAACCCGGGCACUGCCCUUUCCUUCAUCUCUCACGCGGAGAUUACCUUGCUGUCCGAGGUGGAGGACGCCCUCAAAGGAGAUAAUUCUGACUGUGUGCUGAAACCUUAUGAGUUUAAGAUGGAGGAGAUCGAGGGCUUCAGGUACAGGUGCAGGGACGCCAUGCGAUCAGUGACAAAGCAGGCAGUGAAGGAGGCCCGACUGAAGGAGAUCAAGCAGGAGCUGCUCAAUUCAGAAAAGCUAAAGACAUAUUUUGAGGAUAACCCCAGAGAUCUGCAGCUGCUGAGACAUGACAAAGACCUCCACCCUGCCGUCAUCAAACCCCACCUGAAGAACGUGCCAGAAUACCUCAUUCCCGACGCGCUGAAGGGGGUGAUAAACCCGCUGUCGAGCAAGAGGAAGAGGAGGAGAGCUAAGACAAAACAAGGCGGUGUUGUCAGGACCGGCUUCAAGAAAAACGCCCCAGGCAACAACCCACUGAAGAGCUUCCGCAGCGUUGGAGGGAAACACAGAAAAGGCAAGACUAGCCAGUCCUAGCUGCUGCUGAACACAUGAUCACUUCAGUCAUGGACAGUGUAAUUAAGUGGGGAGUGACGUCAUCCCGGGAAGAAGGCGUGGUCCUCAGUGUCGGUCCGGCCCAGCAACUAUAAACUAUAUGGACAUGGAUGGAACGGACAAAAUGGGCUGUGAAUGCUGUGUGAGUUCUGGACUCAUGUCUUGAAAAAGGAACGUCAUUUCUGAACAUGGAUUCUCCCAGUCAGCGAGGAUUAUGAGUGACUCGGUUAUUUGAUUUGUAAUACAUCAGUUCUGAAAAUAUUCAAAAUUGUCAUUAAAGUAAUUUACUGUCAAGACUCCA